CGAGAAGCCGCUGCAGUACCGGCCAGGAGACGCUGACAGCUGGCAUCCCUAGGGGCUCAGGGACCCUUGGGUGGACAGCGACGAGGGACCUUGUGGCAGCUGUGUGUCCCUGAGUUCGCCUUCCGUCCUCCCCACAGACGUGCAGAGUCCGCCAUGGAAGCGCAUCCGGCCGCCGCCUGGGUCUCCGGCAGCCGCGGCCUCGGCUUCCCGGGGCGAUGAAGGACUAGGGCGCCUGCCUCCGGCGCUCUGGCUAGCCAGGCGGGAAGGGGAUCGGGCAGGCUGGCGGGCGGUCCCGCAGUGCCCGCCUUUGCGCCGCCCCGCCCCCUGGGGGCGCUGCCGAGGGGGCGCCAGCCGCCCAUGCCGCCCCGGCGCCCAGCCGCGCCCGGCGCCCGCCACUGAAGCUCAGGACGCGCCGCCGCCCGCGCCCACCGCCGUCCGCGCCCGCCGACUCGAGCCGACCGUCCUCCUGCCCCCAAGAUGUGGCACAGCGUCGGGCUGACCCUCCUCGUGUUCGUGGCCACGCUGCUGAUCGUCCUGCUGCUGAUGGUGUGCGGUUGGUAUUUUGUAUGGCAUCUUUUUUUAUCAAAAUUCAAGUUUCUCCGGGAACUGGUGGGAGAUACAGGAUCCCAAGAGGGAGAUCAUGAACCUUCAGGGUCUGAAACUGAAGAAGACGUUUCCUCCUCUCCACACAGAAUCAGAUCUGCUCGUCAAAGGAGGGCACCUGCUGACGAAGGCCGCUGACCCCAGCCGUAGUCCUGUACUCGUGAAGGAUGAAAGGCAGCUGCCAGCUUCUGUCUCUAAGUGACUUGGCUUUGAAAUUUACUAAUGACUGAAGAACAAUUUGUAUUGGAUUUUAAGUAUGCCAUAUAAAAUGUAAGCCAUAUAAAAAUAAAGGGAAUUAAAACCAAAUUGAACUAUUAUAAAUUUCAUCUUAAGGAUAAUCUUUUGUUUCACCAGCUUUCUACUUAGACACUUAUUUCCUUGGCUUUUGGGCUUAUUUUCUCGCACUGUUGCAGAUCUGGUAAACAUUAAAGGCUUGAAAAACCAUAUUUUAUUAGCCCUGAAGUGUUCAUUUUUCUCCCUAGUUUAACUUGUCAGAAAUUGGGAUGCAUCUCAUUACUGUCAGCUAGGUAAUAGUCAUGUAAUUCUCCUACUUUGUGCAUGUGCGAAUUUACAGCUUGUCAACGUGUCAUCCCUUUAACCAACAUGUGUAUUGUUGGUAUCAAAUGUGUCAGAUUUAAUUGACAUUUUAAAAUGUCUUCAAAAAGAUUACACUAUGAUUCAGCAUUGAAAUGAAAAGUUAUUGUGUACGCAGAAAAGCACGAAAACAGAGCAGCAGGGCGCACAUUUGAUAUCAGUGAAGCAAAUAUUCGUCCCUGGAGAAAUGAUCGAAAUUCCAUAUUUUCCUGCAAAGCAACAACAAAAUGUUUUACAGGACCUAAGAAAGGUAGAUAACCACAAGUAGACGAAGCUGUACUACAUUUUAUCAGGGAGACACAUGCAAAAGGAUUGCCUAUCACACGCCAAGCAAUGCAACUGAAGGCAGGAGAAAUUGCCAAAACCCUGGGAAUUGAUGAAACAAAAUUCAGAGCCACAAGAGGCUGGUGUGACUGAUUCAUGCACCAAGCAGGACUGUCAUUAAGGCAUCAAACAUCGUUUUGCCCCAAGCUCCCUGCUGCUAUUAAACAGAAGACAGUGUUGGAGCAUUCUUUCAAAAGUGCUGUAUAACCAGCACUCUUGACAACACUGGGGGAAAAAUGGACUGUGGUUUGAAAAGUGAUUCAGAAGAGUUGGAUUCAGAAUAUGAAGUUAUAAUUAUACUUAACCAGUUUGUUUCACACAUUUUCUUUACAUAUGUGCAAGAUAGAUAUGAUAAAAAUCUGUUUAACUCAAAGUGCUGUUUCAAUAAAUAUAAAAAACAUUUUCUGUGGUAAGAAAGCAUUGUGUCAUAGUUUAAUGGGCAGUGUUUUUUCUUAGUGAUACAUACGGUGCAUCUUAACAAUUGGUAGUAUCUUAGGUUAAAUUAAAAAUGGUAGCUUGUAAAUUUAUUUUUCUUUUUAAGAUAGCAGUUAUUUAUUGGGGAAUUUGAUUCUGACUCAUAAUGUUAAAAUUGUUAUCCUGUGUGAAACACAUUUUAUUUUGGGUAGGGGGUAACCUAUUCGAGAUUUUAGAGUGGUAAUUUAGGAAUCUAAGAACUGUCUUCUACUUUAGGAAGAAUGAGAUUAGUUACUCCCUUUGUAUAGAAGGACUUUAUACUCAAGGAAUGUGUUGUGGAGAGAAACACUUCUUCACAAACAAUAAUUCAGUGACAAGACCUCAAAGGUAAUGGGUAUUGAGGAAAACAGUAGUGGGUGAAAUUACCUGCUUGGCUGUAAAAUGACUCUCUUGCCAGGUUUCUAUGUUUGUCUUAACUGAACUCUGGACUGAGUGUUUACCAGGGAGGAGAGAUAGGAAUUAAAGAAACUUCCUGUUUAGUGUUACCUGCUUUCUAACAAGAAUGAAAUGCAAAGCCAACUUACUUUAUUAAUCCAAGUUCUUUCUAUGUUUUUUAAAAACCUUUAUUAAGAACGAGUCAUCACAAGAUAUCUAUUCAACCUCUAUUUUAUGAUGGUGUGUUGUUAUGUUUGAUACCUCAUACUUCUUGCUUAGAGUUUUGUUUAACAGUUCACUGGCUCUGUCCCAAGUUGUGUUUGUGAUGAACGCCUCUUUGCUAUAUUGUAGCUUUUGGAGAUACUAAAAGGGAAUUCACAGGACAUAACUUUAGUUUUAUUUAUUUGCUAGGGGAAGAUUUCCUAGCAGCUGAGAAACGAGGCAUAGUCUUUCUGUCUUCAUUUCUUUAUUAGAUACACGUUUCUAUUUUUAUGUGACUCUAGGGCAUAACAAAACAGUGACAGUUUCAAGCAUUAAUUUUAAUGCUUCAUAAUAGCUAAAUAUCAUCAUAAAAUAG